AAACCAUCGUAAUUUGCCCAUCCGGAGACAAUCCGGACAUUAUCCCGCACCCCGAGCGCAGGCGAAGUAAUCCAUUCAUCACUCUCUCCCCCGUGCCCUUGUUCGGUGCCUGUUGGCCAUUGAUUGGUCGGGUCUGAGCGGACUGGCCGGCAGGGGAGGGGAGGGGGGAAGUGCGGCCGUGCGCAUGCGUGGUGCCACAGCAGGGGGUGCCGGUGUCAACAGGCGGUGGCGGGAGCGCCGGGCGGCGAGCCGAGCCGAGCCGAGCCGAGCCGAGGGGAGGUGUUGGCCGGCGGCUGCCAUGAAAGUGCUCGGCUGAGAUUGUGAUACUUAAUGCAAGACUGCAAUGACAAGUCAGAGUGGUAGCCAUGCAGAAAGAGCAGUUUCUAUGUCGUCAACGCCAAAAGUGCAGGUUCAGCGCUCUGUUUCCAGAGAGACCAUCACCAUACACUUUUCUGCCUUUGGUAAGGAAGAGGAGGAGGAAGAGGAAGAAGAAUUUGAAGAUUCCUCAACAAUACUUCAUGGAGAGGUGAAAGACCAAAGUUUUGUGCCAGAACUUAAAGAGAAAGAGAGUGCAUGUAAACAUGGCGGCCAACUUUUAUCAGAGCCUGCUACCUCAUCAAAUUCAUCCACAAUAUCUGCUGCGGUUACAUUUUCCAUUCCAUCUUCAGCAUCGACAAUGACUUCUCCAGAAUCAUUAGAAACAUCGGUGACAUUGCCAUCUGCAUCAGUUACCACUACUGCGUUGCCAUUGCCCUCAUUAUUGGGCCAACCAUUGGAUUCCACAAGUUUGUCUUCAGAGGUGAGAACUACAGUUUCAGCCUCAGGAUCUGAUUCCCCAUCUAAACCUGUUGUGCCAUCCACUGUCCCUUCAUCUUCCAUGACGAGCACAAAACCAUUCGCAAGUUUGGUAAAAUCUCUUUCAACAGAAGUAGAACCAAAAGAAUCCAGUACCCCUUUAAGGACAAGGGACUUAAUGAAAACACUAGUUAAAUCUCUGUCAACAGACACAUCAAAACAAGAAUCUGACUCUGUUCCAAUUAGGACCUCUGAUUCUCGGAUAAACUUGCAUCUAUUCAAACAGUUUACUCAACCUCGAGUCACUGGAGGAGAUUCUAAGACUGCACCUUCUUCUCCAAUCACCUCUCCAUCAGAAGGUAGGUCAUUUUUUAAAGUAACUGAAGUAGAGGCAAGAAUUGAAGACACUAAAAGACGUCUUUCAGAGGUUAUUUAUGAACCUUUGCAACUUUUAAGCAAGAUAAUUGGUGAUGAGAGUAGUAGUCUUCGACAUAAGGCCUUAUCUUCUAGUGCAACAGAACUUUCCACUCUUACUAGUUUAAAUGGACACUUGGAAACCAACAACAACUACAGCAUUAAAGAGGAAGAAUGUGAUUCUGAUGAGGACUACUCAACAAAAGAUUCAAUUCCAAAUAAAAGUAGUUCUAAACUCACUGAUGAGCCAUCAAAAGAGGGGGACAUGAAAAGCUCAUCUUUGGGGUCCACGAAGGAAAUUUUUUUGAAGGGAUCUCCCCUAAGUUUAGAUAAGUGCUCUCUAUCUGUACUUGCCAGCAAAGAAGAAAAUGACUACUGUGAAUUGUAUCUUGAAGAACUUGAGAUGGAAACUGAAGAAGAGAUUGUGGAUAAACCUGUAGAACCCUUAAUUGGAAAAGAAGCAAUUGAGGAAGAAAGUGAAAUAUUAGGGCAAGAUGGAAGAGAUUCUGAAGUUCAGCCUGCUGAAGUUCCAUUUAAGACUUUGUUAUUCCUUACAACGCUUGUAUAUUCGUAUUUAGUGCUGCCUCUUUCAAGUUAUUUAAAUGGGCUAUUUCUAGGCAUUGGCUUUGGAUUUAUGAUGGCCAUUGGUGUUGUUUGGCUGUUAGUACCAAGAAAGUCGAGGGACUAUCAACAGUCUCUGAGAAGGAUCUACUUUGAACAUCUAACUACAGAACCCUUGGAUAUAAAGGAGCCAGAAAUAUUUAAGGGAUGGAUGAAUGAAAUCUACAACUAUGAUCCUGAAACCUACCAUGCAACACUGACACAUUCUAUCUACAUUCGUCUUGAAGGAGCUGUACUAAGGCUUUCAAAGCCAAAUAAAAAUAUAUCUCGAAGAGCUUCAUUCAAUGAGGCCAAACCUGAAGUCACGUACAUCAGUCAGAAGAUUUAUGAUUUAUCAGAGAGCAAGGUACACUUAGUUCCAAAAGAUCUGGCUAGGAAAAGAAUAUGGAAUAAAAAAUACCCAAUUUGCAUUGAACUUGCCAGACAAGAUGAUUUUAUGUCAAAGGCCCAAACAGAAAGAGAAAAUGCAGAGGAAAGGUUAUCUGCUGAUAAAGUUGAAACUGCACUUGAGGAAACGAAGAAGUCAUCUGGUUCACAAGAUUCUGCAAAGCCAAUUUGCCAGAAGGACCAAAUUCUGUACCUCUUUGGAAGGACUGGUAGAGAAAAAGAGGAAUGGUUCAGGAGAUUCAUUUCAGCCUCAAAAUCAAAAAUUGAUGCUAAACGACCAGCCAAUCUCGGAGGAGGUGGUGGUAUACCAGGUUUUGUGCCAUCACACAGUAGAAACAAUAGCCAAUCCGGAAUGUUGACACAUAGUCGCAACAGCAGUAAAGGAAGUGUUGAAGAAAUUGUGUCACAUCCCAAACAGAAAGAUCUCAUAUCUGGUGUGCGUCAGAAAAUGUUUCUGGACUAUGCUGUAUAUAUGGCAAAGUACAUUCCUGAAGAAAUUUCCAGUCCUAACUCUAGUCCUAUCCACAGUGCAGAAGGUAGCCCCACCGCUAAGUUGCCAACCAGUCAGAAUGAGGACACAGAACAACGAGUGGCUUGGGUCAAUGCAUUGCUUGGGCGAAUCUUCUGGGACUUCUUGGGUGAAAAAUACUGGUCUAACUUGGUGUCUCGGAAGAUCCAGAUGAAACUCAGCAAAAUUAGGCUGCCAUAUUUUAUGAAUGAGCUGACCUUGACUGAACUUGAUAUGGGAGUUGCUAUGCCAAGAAUAUGUCAAGCUUCAAAACCUUGUGUUAAUUACCAGGGACUGUGGAUUGAUCUGGAGAUUUCUUACAAUGGUUCAUUUUUAAUGACCUUGGAAACUAAAAUGAAUCUGACCAAAUUGGGAAAGGAAUCCUUGGGAGAAGGAUAUAAAGUAGGCGAUAUUGGCAAAGAAGGGAGCAGACCAAAAGCCUACUGUCUCGCUGAUAGUGAUGAGGAGUCCUCAAGUGCUGGAUCAUCAGAUGAAGAAGAUGCGCAAGAGAUGUUAGGAGGGGACAAAAUGCUUCCAGCAGCAGCAGAAGGAUACAUGGGAGUACAUCGACCAAGCAAGAUUAUGAGACUUGUGGAUAAAAUUACAAAGUCAAAGUACUUUCAGAAAGCCACCGAAACGGAAUUUAUUAAGAAGAAAAUUGAAGAGGUCUCAAAUACUCCAUUACUGUUAACAGUAGAGGUUCAAGAGUGCAAAGGAACACUAGCUGUGAAUAUUCCACCACCACCUACUGACAGAAUAUGGUAUGGUUUUCGAACGCCACCACACCUGGAGUUAAAAGCACGUCCCAAGUUGGGUGAACGUGAGGUUACUAUAGCACAUGUAACUGACUGGAUCGAAAAGAAACUUGAACAAGAAUUCCAGAAAAUUUUUGUUAUGCCAAAUAUGGAUGAUGUGUAUGUUCCAAUAAUGCAUUCAGCCAUGGACCCACGUUCAUCCACAGUGUGGCCUUCAAGGGAGACACGGACAGAGUUUGCUGAGCGACAGUGAUGUAUGGAGCGUUUGUUUACAGUAUUAUGAAGUUGCUGUUCAUGUGCUUUCAGCUGUGCUGUCUGUCUUUUGGAACCAUUCGUGCCACUAUAGUUUCCGGGAAUACUUGCGACCUGUUGUACUCAGUAUGUGCAGUUUGCUAAGUGUGUGACUUCUUUCUGUGUGUUGUCAACAGCUUAUAUUGUUAUACCCUGUUUAUUUCUUGGCCAUUCCAAGAAAAUAAAAGCCUCAACGUAUAUAGAGAGACUAUAUGUAACUGUACUUGUAAAUGACUUUUUGGCAUGAAAUGCUUCAGUUUAGUGAGGUUCUCAUAGGCCUGAGAGAGGAUUUCCAGACAUGUGAUUGUAUGGUUGCCUGAGGUAACCUUGAUGCAGCUGCAGAAAUGAUGCAUGAAUGCUUUAUUGAGAUUGAGUAUUUAUAAAGUACAGUAUAAUGCAUCACUAAAAUGACAAAGCCAGUCUGUAAUUGCUAAUUUUACAUUAACCACCACAAAGCAAUGAGAAAUUAUCAUUAGAAUUGUAUUUGCAACUGCAUCCUCUUUUACAGAAGGGUUCUGCAGCCCUGCACACAGUUGGUAAGUAUGCAGCUGUGAGAAAGAUCAAUUUCCCCCCCCAUUAUAUCUGGAUGACAGUUUAUCAAUUGUGUGGGAAAUUCCUUUGAUAUUUGUCUAUAAAAUGUGAAGUGCUAAUCAGAUGCACACUAUAAAUUGAUAUAUCCCUAUUACCCAAUUCAGGAUAAUUUAAUUACACAACUCUUUUCAGCUCUUUUAAUAUCUUCCUCUUUAGUUCACGUGAUCAACAAUUGACAACUGGCUCCUGAAAUAAUCCACUUUGGUGUGGGUAUUCGUGGGAAAACACUGUGUGAAAGGCACUGUGAUUAAUAGGUUAUUUUUUAAGUUUAAAUUUUUUGAAUUAUAAACUGUUAGCCGUUCCUUAGAAUAUCAUGAUGUGUAAAGCAGAAAUACACCUCUAACCCUGUAGUCAUAUCACAAAUGUAAUCCCUUAAUCGAUAUAGUUAAGUAUACUGUAUAAUAGUUGGUAGGUACAUAUGAGCUGGUGAGUUUGUUGAAAAUUUUCCCAGAAACAUUCUAGUACAUGGCAGACAUAUCUGAGAUCAGAGUCAAGCCACUUCUAAAUAUAAGUCGGUGAUUUAACAAUUCCAUCAAAUUUGAGCAGGUGAUGUAAUGCUGGACCGCUUCAUUUUUGUUUUAUGAAUUGAUUUUAUAGAAGAAAAUUCCCAGCCAUUUUCUUAGCAUUAUAUUGGGAGAAGGCUGUUGCUUCACAAAAGGUUGCAUGUGCUUAGUCAUUAGCUAAUAGCAGCCAAUUGCAGUUGUAUCACUGUUCACUCUUGGGUGGUGCUGUCUGCCAGAAAGUGUUUGCCAAAUUAGCAAAUGAUAAAAAGCUGUUGCUGCUUUUGUACUGAUGGAGUUUGAAAGAAAAGUUAUCCAUUUGUCCAAACCUAAGGCUUUCAAUUUAAAUCUUCAAAUUUGAAAAUGACUGCAUUUUUCUAGGAAACCGUAAGAUGUUACAGAAGCAAAUGUGACUUGAGGCCAGUCAAGUUUUAAAAUAGAAUUUCUCUGGCUCCCACAUGUGAACAGAUGUUUUCUCAUAGUUUUACAUGAACCUCUGUUGGUUGAAACAUUUCUACACAAGGUCUUCAAAAAUUUCAAUAUUAGUUGUAUUUCAGUGCCAUUAUGCCAGUGAUUAUAAUUUGUUUUGAUUAUACUGCAUUGUUUCUUUAUGAAUUUCUUGAGCUGUAUGUUAUCCCAAUAGCAGAUGUUCCACAUGUGUAAAUUGCCAUUCACUACAUGAAGUGCAAAUAAUGAAGAAUCCACCAAGUGAAGGAUUUGGCAAAUCAUCUUUAAAGAUGAAGUUACUUUGAGAAACUUGACCAUUUGCAGAAUGUUUAAUUAAAACUAAGUAAUAUAUUUUAAGAUGUGUAUAAAAUUGUAUUUUUAAUUUUGUACAUUUGUUUUAAUUUAGACCUGCAGAUACAAUAUUGCUUUGUUUCUAAUGCCAGGGAUACAGUAACUACACAAUUUUACUGUGUUCCAGUCUUAACCCACAUUCUUGCUUUGCUCUAUUUACCUUUUGUAGGCAAUAUUUGCCUGCCAAAUGAAAAUUUCUGCAUGUCUUGUUGUAGUUGGGCCAUUUGGGUGGUCUGAAUUCAGUGUGCAAUAAUGAAUUAUGAGUCCACGGACUAAAUGCACUAUGCAUCGAAAUUAAAUAAAGAUUCUUAUUAAACUGUCAUUGUACUUCACAUAAUCAAAUUAACAUUGUGAAGGACUGGCUUGCUAUGUUUUAUUUAAUAAAUUCUUCAUUCUAGCUA